CGUACAGUGUAGUGACAACACAGCAAUGCGGACGAAGAAGGGCAAAAACGAGGAGAAUAGUCCGGUUUUCUGUCACAGCCCGGCGGGUCGGGGGCUUCAGCUGGUCGUGAGGCAUCAUUGAAGCAGGAAUUUCGUCUCCAGAACUACGCAGAAAAGGACGUUAGCUGGCUUGGAAGCUGCUCCGGGGCGGAUAUUUUCCCGACAAAACCCUAAACCACAUCCGUAUUCCCAGCUCCGGUCGUGUGGAACAGUCUACUAGAAAGAAUGAUUGCUUGAAUAGUACUUGUUAGUUUUUUUUUUUUUUUUUUUUUUUAUAGCCCCUCUUUAUUUUUGCCAGCACCGCUUCCCAUUUUGUUACAGACUCGCUAUGGUGGACUCCCCUACCAUGAGGAAGACUUUUGUGGUCCCAGACAUAAAGCCAUUGGAUUUGUAUGACUGCACUAAAUCAAAAAUAUGCGCAAGUGUCGGAUGGCUGCUGGCAAAGUCGUACGGCAGUGCAGAAAAUGUUCCUGCAGAGCUGCGUGACCCCUUCUACUGUGACCAGUAUGAACAAGAGCAUCUUAAACCUCCAGUCACGCGUCUCCUGCAGUCCUCAGAGCUCUACUGUCGCACCUACAGCCUGUUACUGGGAGCCAAUGGAGCCGAGGCACAGCCCAAAGACAAUGUUGCCCUGCUGCAGCUCCUUACUCAGAGAGGCGUAGUCGCCAAAGAUCAGGAUACAACAGUAACUGAUGCAGACCUACGACAUAAACCCAUCAAAAUGAGUGCUCACCUGGCAGUGAUAGAUGCCUUGAUGGUCGUGGGAGCCAUGGAGACGGUGGCUGCGGUGAAGACAUGUGGCUCUGCCGAGCUACUGGGCGGGGCUUCUAGCUGGGAGGAUGCUCUGCUUCAUUGGGUUAAAGGGUUAAACCAGAAGCUGAGAGAACUUAAUGAAGGAGCUGAGAAUGACUCGUCUCAGGCCAUUACGGAGCCCCAACCUGUUCAACCCUCUCUCCGCUACAGGAAGGAUAAAAUUCAGUCCAAAAUAAAGCCCAUCUUUCCAGUGGUAAAUGAAGUUAAAGACCUUUCCAGUGGUUGUGCUAUUGCUGCCGUGAUACAUUACUAUUGCCCUGGCCUGCUGAGACUUGAAGAUGUUUGCAUGAAGGAUUCCAUGUCUGUAACAGACAGCCUGUAUAACCUGCAGUUCAUCCGUGAAUUCUGUGACAGCUGUCUGAAGAGCUGCUGUCACUUGGCACUGGAGGACUUGCUCUACACACCGCAGGAGCUUCAGCUCAACUUGCUGAGCUUCCUAUCAGAACUGCUCAGCUGGUUUGAAGUACGAAGGCCGGACUUUGUUCAGCCAAUAGACACAUUAGAUGGAUCUACACCAGUAACACCAAGUAGCUUGAGUGGGAGCAGUACCUCCCCCUCCAUUUUCAAGAAGCCUUUCCUCCCCAUUUCCUCCCCUGCGUCAGGAUCUUUGACUCAGUCUACCUCAAUGUCUCAUAUAGAAGGAGUUGGAAAGACAUGGAGCAAGAAACCUCUCAGCCGGCCCUUGUCAGCAGUAUCCUUUAGCAUUCCUUUUGGCUUGGACAGCGAUGUGGACAUUGUGAUGGGCAACCCUGUGAUAACCCGCUCUGUGAGCUCAGAUCAACUCAACCCUGUUGGCCAAAACAUGACCCGAGUGCCCUACACUCCACCUGAAGACCUCAGCCAUUUACUUAGCAAAGCCCCUGGACCCAACGGUCCGCAGAGAGCAUCAUGGUCCACCCAGACUCCCAGUGUUCCAAGGCUAGCGGAGGAGAAUGGCCUCGGGACAAAUGAAACUGGAGAGCUGCCCACCAUUGAAGAGGCUCUCCAAAUUAUUCACAACGAAAGCAAGAUGGAGCCUCGUUUACACCCCGAUGGUGCUCCUGAUGGCUUCUACCUCCACUCUCCUGAUGACCCUGCUAGUUCUAGAUAUAACAGCAACUUGGCCCCCAUUAGCUGCUCUGCUCCAACACGCUCAGGAAUGAUGUACCGGCCGAUGGGAGAGUCCAGAGAGCCUGCUCGCACAAGAAACACCUCUGAAUGUUCACGAGAUGAUGACUCAGUCUUAAGAGACGGCAGUGUGGAUUCAGAUGCAUCAGAAGACCUACCAAAGGCCCAUUCCACUCCAACCACACCUGCUGCUGGUGCACACUCUGCUAGAGGCCAUGGUAAAGAGCCUGACAGCGGUGUGAAGAUGACAAGCUUUGCAGAACGCAAGAAUAAACAGAUUGCUGAUUCUCCAAAAGCCAGCGACCCGUCUUCUCCCCAGAUGACUACGUGGGCACAGAAAUCUGAAGAAAGCCCUAGCAAGAGCCCACAACUCAAUAAUGAUAUGUCCGAGCUGGGGGCUCGACUUGAAGAAAAGCGCAAAGCUAUCGAAGCUCAGAAGAAACGCAUUGAGGCCAUUUUCGCAAAGCAUCGGCAAAGACUGGGGAAGAGUGCCUUUCUGCAGCUAAAGAAGGAGCAACGUGGCGAUGAAGGUGAGGGGAAGGGAGAGGAUGGCCAGGUCAGCACCUCAUCCACAGAAGAAGACCUGUCACGCUUGACACUAGAAGAAAGACUAGCUCGAAUGGAGGAGGAAGAGCAGCAGGAACAAGAUGAACAGCGCCCCUCAGUGGAGGAUGAGGGAAAUGUCAAGAGAGAACUUGCAGUCAACAAACCAGUCGGUCUGUCCAAAGAAAAAGCAGGCACACCAGGAGAGAAGUCCUCGGGGACACCUGGUGAGAAAAUGGUAGCUCCUUUAGGGGACUAUAACAAUGCUGUGUCCAAGUUAACUGCAGCUCUUAGCUCCCUGCAAAGUGACAUGCAGCGACUGACUGAGCAGCAGAAUCAGCUAAUCAAGAAAAAGGCUGCAACUUCCAGCAACAAAUCCUGGGUUAUUCCAGCCAGCCCUAAGACCUCCACCCCGGCCCCUCCUCUUACACGCCUGUCCCGAGAAUCUACACGAGACUUAAAUUCAGCUUCCUCCUCUCCUUCUCCAUCCCGCAAAAUCACAAACCAUACCACUCCUCCAAAAUCUCCUCAAGUCCAUCGAAGAGCCCAAUCUGUACCCCCUAAAAGCCCUAAACACAGUCGUCCAUUGGACAUUAAGGUCCCAACCUUGUCGAGGGUUCUCAACCCGCCUCAAAAUGUGGACCGCAUCCCCCAUCUUCGUCGUGUAAAUCCCCUGCAAUCCCAAGUCCAGACUUCAUCCUCCUUCUCUAUUGGUGACUCUAAGAGCCUUGAUGAUCUGCACUCAGCAGGACCGACUCCUGUCCCUACGCCAACACUGACCCCUAUACCAACUCCUAUACCAACUCCUACCCCAACUCCCCAUCCUCCCCCUGAUGACACCCUGUCAGAGGUAGGCUCCAAUGAUGGACAUAGUAUAUUUAGCAUGGACCUCGAAGUAGGGCCCUUGCAUGGUCCUUUGGCUAAGAAGGAAGGACUUGUAGGAGGGGGUUCCAGCUCUGGUGCCCCAUCGGAGUGCUCGUUUGAGAGUGAUGCCCCUGCAGGGAUGUUAAAUGGCAAACGCAGUAGCCUGAUAGAGAUCUCGCUGUCUGCCUUGCGAGGAGAAGGGGAGGAGGAUGACCAGUUGCCUGACACUUUCUCUGACUCGAUGAGCGACCGGACAGAGCCAGAGGCAAAAGCCGGAGUUGGUUUCUUUUUCAAGGAUGACAAGGAUCGACCGGAGGAUGAGAUGGCCCAGCGAAGAGCAGCUUUACUAGAGAAACAACAGAAGAGAGCAGAAGAGAUGAAAAGACGCAAACUUGAGCAGGAGAAAGAAAAAGAAUCAAACAAGCCCCAGUGGAUGAUCAUCGAAGGCUGGGGAAAUAAGAGUGAGGACAGACCUCAGACCCCAGGCACCCCUCCAGCAUCACACACCCCAUCAGUAGAGGGGACUCCCCAACGCAGAGGAGACUUCACUAGGCAGGAAUAUGAGAGGAGACAGCAGCUAAAGAUCAUGGAAGACUUGGACAAGGUGCUGAGGCAAAAACCCACCACAGUCCGUGGUGUCAAGAAGCAGAGACCCAAGACUGUGUUCAGAGAUGACUCUGUCCUCUCUCAUAGCCCUGCCAAGGGUUUCAUGGGCACUAAGUUGAACAAGGUGUACUCCCACUCAACCAUGAAUCUGUCCUCCAUGGCCAAUGACACUGGAGGCUUGACUAUCAGGAAGUCUCCCAGCCGUUCACACUCCCCCUCCCGGUCUCGGUUAAUGUCACCAGGACGAAUGAGUGCCCAGAAUGGAGAGAGAGACUGGGAAAAUGGCUCCACCAUUUCCUCCCCUGCCUCAAUCCCAGAAUACACAGGCCCAAAGUUAUACAAGGAGCCUAGCUUUAAGUCCAACAAGUUCAUCAUUCAUAAUGCCAUUACUCGCUGCUGCCUGGCUGGCAAGGUCAACGAACCACAGAAAAACAAGAUUGUAGAGGAAAUGGAGAAGAGCACAGCCAAUCACUUCCUCAUCCUCUUCAGAGAUUCCAGCUGCCAAUUCAGAGCAGUUUACACCAUGAACCCUGAAACUGAGGAGAUGGUACGGCUCACUGGCAUUGGCCCCCGCAUCAUCACAGCUGAAAUGGUAGAGUCCAUUUACAAGUACAGCUCUGACCGCAAGCAGUUCACUGUCAUCCCGUCCAAAACCAUGUCCAUGAGUGUUGACGCCUUCACCAUCCCCGGCCACUUUUGGCAAAAGCGCCCAGGAACUCCCAAAAAGCUUGGCACCCCCAAAUAAAGACUUAAAAUGAUGGGUAGGGAUGUUACCAUUCAGGGAAAAAACUCCCAAAAUGACUUUUAUUUUCCUCCACUAUGGCGAGUGUGGCACUUGAGAUUGUCCAUUAUCCAGUUGGAAUAGCAGCGGACAGCAUGACUGAUUAGGUUUUUGGCCAGUUAUCAGCCCGGACCCCAGGAAUAAUUCAGUCAACUCUACAUGCCAAGAGAACGGGCCAAUCACUCACUCAGUCAGCCAAUGCAUCCGCAAUAGUUUGUCUCUUGAGAGCCUCUGACAGGCACUGCCUGGUCUACCUAGAUUGUAAAAUGUAAUGCAACCAAUUCUAUCAGGAUGAAGAAUUCUCUUUCCCUUGCCUCCUCAUGCCUUGCCUUACCCUGCCAUGCCUGAGUCAUUUUUGUGACUCUUAGGUAAGAAAAAGAGGGGACAACCACACUGCCUUUGCCCGCACAACAGUAUUUUGGGCACAAGUAGUUCCCACCCCUCUUCGUUCUGCUUGCUUUUCCUUUUGCUGCCUUUUCUUCUUCCAGGGCUCACUCUCUCUCCAGUCGACUGAGACAAGCUCUCAGUUCUCAUAGGAGAUCUCAGCUGAAAAUGAAUAGCAGGUAACACUGCUCUCAUAUGAAUGUAGGGCACACACUAAUCACUCAUUCCAUUCAGGGGUGUUUUCACUGUUUGGUCAGCACUAGAAAAUACUAUGGUGGGUGGUCCUUCUGUGGGUUGCACUGGUGGAGGCUACUGUGGUUGUCAGUGGACUCGCACACCUAGAAACUACCUGUGCCCCAUAGUUUGUGCACACCGCUCCACUCCAACUUUUCUUCAGCUGUAGACAUCUGGAUGUUUUUUUAUACUAUUUUGACAUGUUUUUGCUGGACAAAUUGAUUCAGCCUUUAAAUGCUGAAAGAAGAAUGAAAUUCACGUGACUUUUUCCUCUUAACUUGCUUUCUCAUUUUCAACAUGUGCUGAAUUGAAAUGUUAUCUGAGCUUGUCUUGAAAAAGAAUACUGGAACAAUGAAGGAGGGCUUUAUCAUGUUUAUCAUUACUUGGAUACGGCUCUGUGUGAAAAUGAUAAUCAAUGCUGAUUUAAUAUAUACUGAAUGCUGAUUACUUAGAUUUUUUUUUUUGACAAUGAUUUGUAAAAAGUAAGUUGACAUUUGUAAGCUACGAAUAAGCUAGCCUGCUGCUUAAGCAUUAGUGAGGUGGAUGUUUGAGAUGAGAAUGAGUGAAUGACAAUGAAAAGAAUUUGUCAAACAGCUGAAAUUGCUGAACCUGUUUGUUUAGGGAUUAAUAAAUCCUUUAGGUCACUAGGAGUCUGUUUCUGUUAUAUUAUUCCCUGUUUGUGUGUCCUGACAUAUAAACAGUAGGUUUCUUGAUGAAGGAUCAUUGCGGACUGUAACAGCCCUCAUCCACCCCACAGUCUCUAGAGACUCCUUCAUUUGCAACUGGGGGUAUGUAAAAUGCCAAACUGCUUCGUUUUUUUCUUUUUUUUUUUUUUUGCCGGUGUCCAUGUUAUUAGGAAAAACUGACUGAUAAGGUCAAUAUCACUACAAAACUCUGUGGGAAACUAUCUUCUUCUCUUCCUUCGCAGUCCUUAGCACUACAGCAGCUGCCGUGGUGCAGCUGUCUACUUUCAAAUCACUGACUGCCUCCAAGAAAUGUACUGUUUGAAUGAGAUUGCAUUACAGAUGUGAAAAAUAAUGUUGAGAGCAGCAAUUAGAAAAAAAUGAUAUGAUUAGCAGCGUGCGUGGAAGAGUGCAUAUGGAAUUAGUGGAUGUUUGUAUUUAUGUGUUUGUUAAGACUAGUAUGUGGUAGUAAACACCAUAUUUUGAUUCUGUGCAAUUCUCCCCUAGAAAUCCCGACGUCAUCCAGAGGUGUAUUUAUUUGCUUUGAAUUAGAUGGCGCAUUUGAUGUUUAGUUUCAGAUUAUUUUUUUUUUCUUUUUCUUUUUUGGUUAUGGUUAUAAGUCACAUAUUCAUUUCAAAUUGUCAUAACAUUUAUGUUUUUCUUUCUCUUCUGUUAUCAAAUCUGUGCCAGCACAUUAUGUAUGUUCAUUUCAUAAACUGACUAUCCCUGGCAACUGGACCAGACAAAUAAAAUCCUUUUUAAAUCAUCCA